AUGGUUAACUAUUCUACUGUUUCUUAUCCUGAAAAGAAAAUCGACGAAUUACCACUUUUCCCAAUCGUUAAGUAUGAAACUUCAUCAUUUUUUACGAGCAAGUAUGAAAGUGAAAAACAGAAAGAAAUGUACUUAGACAGAUUACAGACAUUUGUCUCUACUGCUUUUCCAUGUGAGGAUUAUCUUGAAAGCCCUGUAGAUGAUAGCGACCUGGACAAAGAUUACGAACCCAGCGACAGCGAAUACGAUGAUAACAUUGUAGAAUCUGAAAGUAGAAAAAGAAAGGUGAAAAGAUCACAGUUCGGAGGAAAAAUCGCCACUCCUGAACCAAUAGACACCAAUGAAAUUACCUCUUGCUCUAACGAUAUUCCGAGGAUAAUGGAAGCCAGUGGUGAAGUCCUCGAAAUUGAUAAUGCUGCUCCAGUGAAUGACAAAAGAAGUGACAAUGGAGAAAGAGAUGAGCAAAAUGAAACGGAAGCUGGCAACUUAUCUAAUGAAGACCCAGAACUUGAGACACCCGAUUUAGUGAAUGACAAUGGUCAGGUACAAGAAAAUGAAGAAAGAGAGAGGCAAAAUACUAGAGAAUUAAAAAGACCUGGUCGAAGACUAGUAGGAAUAGAAAAAAUCGAGAGAGACAAAAACAAACAUCCCAUGAGAGCCAUUUGUAACGGAAAAUGUAGAAGACUGUGUAAAAGCUUAACAGAAGAACAUCGUCAUGAUAUUUGGAACCAGUAUUGGAAUUUGGACUACACAAGUAGACGUAAAUGGUUAAGUAAACAUGUAACGUUACUUCCAGUAAAACGAAAAAGUAUGACAGCUCAACAUUCAAGAUCGGAAUCAAGGUAUUUCACUCUACCACUUCCAGAUUCAACUGAAAUUGCUGUAUGCAGACUGACGUUCCUAAAUAAUUUAGGAUAUACUACUGAUUCAGUAAUAACCGAAUUAGUUGCAGCAAUUAAAUCAGGCCCUUGCGGUAAUCAGGUUAAGGAGCGUAGGGGUGGAAGUCAUAGGCCGGAAGCUGACCGAGAUAUAAUAAAAAACCACAUUGAGUCAUUUAAACCUUGCGUGAGCCAUUAUAGAAGAAAGAAUGCCCCCAACGUAAGAUAUUUACCUAGAGAGCUCACUAUUAAAAUCAUGUACGAUGACUUUGUUUCGAAACAUCCAAAUAUAUGUAAAAUUGAGAUUUACAGACAGGCCUUGAAAAAAAUGAAUAUUUCUCUUCGCCAACCAAAAUCGGAUGUCUGUGAAGACUGCUCGUCCCUGAAAAACAUUUUGGAAAAUGGUGAAAAUGAAAUCAUCCAAAAUCAAUACGACUCUCACCGUGCUAAAGCUACAAAAGCAAAUUUAGAAUAUAAAAAGAAUUCGGACGAAGCAGCAGAAGCAGGUUCAACAAAUAAACGGAUUUACUCCAUGGAUUUACAGAAAGUUAUUAUUUUGCCCAUCAUGCCUCAAAGCAAGACCGCCUUUUUUACAAGUCGACUUGUUGUUUUCAAUCAAACGUUCGCCACUUUGAGCAAGGAAUCCUCUAAUCAAAGUUACUGUGUGCUCUGGCACGAAUCAUUAGGUGGUCGUAAAGCUGAGGCUCUUGUUGAUGCUAUGUUCAAAGUAAUCGAGAAAGAAAGGGAUGCUACGGAUUUUAUAUUUUGGGCUGAUAAUUGUAGCGCCCAGAACAAAAAUUGGGUUUUGUACACAUCACUUGUUACUGAAGUUAAUCGUGUAACUGGUCCAAAUCAAAUUACCAUUCGUUAUCUCACCAAAGGCCAUACUCAUAUGAGUGCAGAUGGUAUCCAUGGUAAUAUCGAGCAGAAACUCUUGAGGAAGAGAAACAUAUAUGAUUUUCAAGAAUUAAUAGAAGCUGUCGAAUCAUCCAGAAGGAAAUUAGAAGUUCUGCAAUUAAAAGAGUUCCACUUGUGGCCAAAUAAAAAAAGAAAUACAAAAAAGGCAGCGGAUCCAUUAAAGGGUUUUCUAUUGAAUGAAAUUGUUGAUGUUUGUUUCAAAAAAGGAAACCAAUGCAUGCAAUAUAAAAAAGAUUUUGCAGAUGAAUAUACAGAGUUGGAUUUCAUACAGAAGAAGCACAAUCCUAUGACCUUCACACCACAAGCCUUGUCCUCUCGUGGCAUUUCAGCCUCCAAAAAAGCAAAAAUCUUGAAAGAUCUAGUACCGCUUAUGCCAACCAACAGAAGGGUGUUUUGGGAAACGAUGCCAGAAUCCGAAAUAUCCGUGGACUUGGUUGAUGCUGAGCAAGUAGGGGAAGAAAUAGAUUCUGAUUUUGGAAUAUCCUGAUUGUAAUAUUAUCUUAUUUGAGUUUUAUCAACUUGGUACCCUACAGAAGUUUUUCUUGUGUUUUGUUUAUAAAAUAAAAAAAAAUGGAGUAUGUAUUAUUUUGAGUUCAAAAUACAGUAAUGGAUGUUAACUGCUUUAAAGAGUUUAAUAUUUUAUGCUAGUUUUCUGUUACAAAACAUAGUAAAGGCAAUUACUGUGUUUUGAUGAAGU